UGCUUUCCUGGCAAAAACAUUUCGUCAGACAGUGACGGGUCUGGCGACCAUGCACUGAGUUGUCGAGGCACACAUGCCGAUUCUGAGACGCAUUCAUAAACACAUAUUCUCACAAAUUUGCAGUGUAUCCACAGCAGCGAUGAUAAAAUUGCCGACUCCAAAAGUCUUACACUUGCCUCCACAAACGCCCAAUGGUUGUUUGUCGAAGCCGGGUGAUAUUCAGCAAGAUUUCUCGGAAAUUCUGAAAUCUACUGUAAACGCUUUGAAGGAUGGAGAAGUAGUGGCCGUACCAACUGACACGCUGUACGGUUUAGCGUGUCUGGCUCAAAACUCCGAGGCUGUGAAGAAAGUGUACGACAUCAAAGGCAGAAAUGGACAGAAACCCUUGGCCAUCUGUGUUGGCGAAAUCGAGGAGAUUUAUACAUACUGUAAAGUUGUGGUGAAGAGGGAACUGCUAGAGAGUGUGCUGCCCGGACCUGUCACAUUGGUGCUGGAGAGAUCUGAGGAGCUGAACCCCAACCUUAAUCCCUUCACCCCGCUGGUAGGAGUGCGCAUCCCUGACCACCCAUUCAUGCGACGCUUGUGCCAGAUGUGUGGAGAACCUCUUGCCCUCACCAGUGCCAACAUCAGCUCCCAGACCAGCACAGUGGACAUCCAUGAGUUCCAGGAGCUGUGGCCGAAGGUGGCGGUGGUGGUGGACGGCGGCCGCAUUGGGGACCAGAGCAGACAGGGCUCCACGGUGGUCAACCUGUCUGUCCCUGGCAGAUACAGCAUCAUCCGCCCGGGAUGCGCCCUGACUCCCACUCUGAAUGUACUCGACCACAAAUAUGGACUAUGGGAAGAAAGUGACACUCAAAAGGUUUGACACCCGACAGAGACAAACCUGCCACAGAAAACGCACAAUCAUCUCCGUUCUCUGCUCCUCAAAAGGACGGGAGGGACAGGGGAGGCGGACGCUGAGAGAAGAGGCCUUCAGCUCAGAGGGGUGGGGAAUGGAAAAGAAGGAUACGUCUGUUAUAUGGAGCUCCUGUUCUGCACUUUGGAUAGAUCUGCAACUCUGGAGGAUUUGCUGUCUUGGUGGUGGGCCUUACACUUGUCCAUAAAGCCAGUAGAGGAAGUGUACACAUCAUCUGUUCCGGUGCUGGAGGAGGUCCAAGAUACUUGUCUUGUUGUAGCAAGUUAAACAGAUUUAUUCUGACAGUGCAUGGUGACAGUUCAAAUCUAUUUUUUGAGCUACAUACUUAUAUUGACGAUCACUUGGACCUCAGAAUGAUUCUUGUUGAAUAAUGGAUGCACUCCCAGUGUGGCAAGAUUAGUGUGUACUACUGGCAAACCCCCAAUUUGCUAAUGUAGACAUAUACUAAAUUGACCUAGCAUAUAUGGCAGUCCUUAAUUCCCAGAUUAUUAUACUUUAAAGUUUUUUAUUUUCUAUUGAUGUGAGUGUUUUGUAUUUAUUUAUGAGAAGACAGAACUGGUAUAUUAGACUAUAAUGGGACAUUUCUGAAUACACACAUUGACCUGACAUAUUUCUUUGCUAUCUUUUUUCCAUUUUUUUUUUUAUUAUUAUGAUUGAUUUUACCGGCUGGUUUGACCAGUCAUGGUUUUCUGAUAUUGCUCAUGGUCUGAACUCCGAUCCCUUCAUCAUACUCCAUGUUCUCCUGCCUCUGACUCUUAAUAAAGUAAAACCAGAAAUGGCUUUUUUCUGUCAUUUUCAGGAAAGCUUCUGCUGCAAUAUUUCUCUAUUACUCUUGUCUCCCGAUGGCUGGGGUAAUGGCAGCCUUAAUCUGUGCCAAUCCCCCUUUUCUCUCCAAGCCAAAAUAAAGAGAAGCUCUAAGACAUUUUAAUCUGCUGGUUUUCCAUCCUUCUUUGACAUAUCCAUUAUGGAGAUUACCCCCUCGUAUCUCCAGAUGAUCUUGAUAAAUGACCUUCCGUUUGUGGUUGAUAAUCUUUUGUGAUGUAAGCAUCAACAACUGCAUCAUCUGAUGAGCCAUUAUGCGACAUGUCUCAGUUGGAUGUCCAGACAUAAAGUGCCGACGUCUACUGUUAAACCAUAAUUAUCUUUAUUUUUCAAUAUUUUUUUAUUUCAGAGCUAUGAACAAUACGAUUUCAUAGCU